AAUUUCUUUAUGGGUAAAAAGGGAAGUUUUAAGUUAAAUUAUUUCUAACUAUAAAAAUGUAUCAUUAUUUUAAGGAAAGACUAAAGAGAAAAAUGUUUCCCGUUGAGGGAGUACAAUUUUUCUUAAGAACAAGAAACCGAAAAAAAAAAGUACUCCAAAUCAAAAAACGGAAGAAGUGUAUAUAUUUGAAAGUGUCCAAAGAAAAAGGAAAAUUAAGAACAAGAAACGGAAAAAAAAAAUAUAUGGCACCUAAACCCGUUCCUCUCGCGCCAUAACUCUCCACUUCCUGGACACUCUAGCGCCAUAACUCUCCACCUCCUAAAUUAUAGUUACUGGCGCCCCAUUAUUUUAGUUUCUGAUUCUCCAAUUUCAACCCACGUUCACCAUAUAAUACUUAUAUGUAUCCUGCAAUCUAUCUGUCGCUCUUGAAUUCUAAGUUUCACAAUCCUUUUGGGCUAACUGAUAUGGCACCGAGGGGCGGUGGACCAAAUAAAUAUUCUGGAAAAAGGAAUGCAAAUCCACUGACAUCUCCUCCUAUGUUGACUCCCGCACCUAAUCAAACACCACUAUCACCUGAAUCGUCAGCACCAGAAAUGCCACAUUCAGUCGCAACAGUCAAUGAAUCUAUACCAUCAUCAUCUUCUGGGCUUGAUACACCUAGAGAUGAAAUAGGAUCAGCAAGUUCUUCAAACACAAUUGAUGGUACUCAUAUCCCAAUUGAAAUCGUCCUUGGAGGGUAAGAGUACAAGUGCCGCACAAUUUACAUUUUGUAUUAUAUUUUAUAAAUAUGAAGUAAGGCGGUUGUCGAUAUGAGUACAACUAAAACAGUGGUAGAAUUGAUGGCAUUAUUAAGGCCUUCAACAUGGAUUUUAUCUAUGCAUAUAUCAAUGCCAUGUAUACGAUGUCUUGUAUGUGUUGUAUGUUUCAUUUGA